GGGUUUUUAAUCGUGAGUGUGAUAGUGCUGACGUAAUGCGCCAAAGGAUCGUGGAUGUUUUCGACAAACUACGUACGGACUGUGUCGAAGAACACACGAUGAUGCCCCGCCUGCAUGAGGAGACGCAACACCGAGCCCAAAUCUGCCUCGAAAUGAAUGGAUCACAAUUUGAGCCGCAUCUCAUAAGACCACGGAGGAUUUAGAGCGGUAACCUGUUUCAUAACUAUUUUUUUUUAAAUAACUUAGUACUGAACUAAUCUGAAUAGGUACAUAACUGAAUACAUGAGAAUAAUAAACAUACCUACACGAUGAAUAAAAACGCGCUAACCUUGGUUACAUUUCAUUUAAGUAUUUUUUCAUUAGCGGGGAAUCGAACCAGUUAUUGGGUUAUUUAACCUGUAAAUUCGGAUUAAAGUGGCUACAUGGAGUCAAGCACAGUGGAAAAAAGUAGGUUAAGUAGAUAAGUUAGAUAUUUAGUAUUUAGAUUUAGUGUUGUAAAUUAUUAGGUAUUGUGGUAUGGCCCACUAGUUGCGGGCCGCGCGAAUUCGCGUUCGCGCGUACAUUGACCUCUAGCCAGCUGAUAUCAAUUCAGUAAUUCCACUGCUGGUUUUAUGUUUCAGUAUUUUCAUGAUUUUUUUUUUAUGAAAUUAUCGUUUCAUUUAGCUGAACUAUCAUGAUAGAGAAUGAAUAAAGCUAAUAAAACGUUGUGAAAAGAUGAUUUUUCUUUCAUCAGGAUCGAUUUUAUAUUCCACCCAUCAUCAAAGGUAUAGUUGGUACUGUCGUCUGUCUUAGUUUUCGGGGGCGUUCCAAAAAUACCCUAUAUAUAUAUACACAUAUAUUCCUAUAGCGCUGUGCCCGACCGAUUAAGCUAGACAACAAAGAUAGACAGCUGCAACUCGGGCUUAUUAAAAAAUUGACGAAAUCUCCUGUGUUCUAUUUCCUCCUAUAAAACUAAAACGAAAAUUUAUAUUAUAGAUGAUAUAAAUAAAAUAUUUUCUAUUUAAAUAACAAAAUAGUUUCUAGCUUAGUUUAAAUUCGCUUUCUUAGUUUAAAUUCAGUUUUUUUAGAUUAUUCAAGAUAUUUUAAAUAAAGGAAUGUGAUUACAAAGUAAAGUUACAGCCUAUAUACGUCCCACUGCCGUGCACAGGCCUCCUCUCAUUUAUGAGUGGGUUUUAGGCUAAGGAAAUGCGAAGUAUCACAAUCUCAAAGUCAAAACAGUGACAUUAUAAAUUUUAUCCCCUAUCUUACCACUGCCAAUUACAUUCACAACACAUUCAAUUCCUAUCUCCACUCUUAAUUAAGUGACUAUCCGCAGCGCGCAAACGAAACGUACUACUAUAAGGUGAACGGUUCUUGGGAGCUGGUGUAUCCAUUUUAUAAAGUGAAGGGUCUCGUGUUACAUCCUAACGGUAACGACACAGUAUUUGGUGAGCUGUCUAUGGCCGACAAAUCACUGAUAGCUCACUACAAUAGCACGGAUGAUAUCUCUUACCACUUAAUCGGUAAGAUCGUAGAUACUCGAUCCGCGAAACUAAACGCUUGGCGCGAUUUUGAUGACGUAACAACCGUCGAUUUGGCUUCAUACAUUCGUCUGAACCAUUCCCGCCUUCUAACCAGCUCUAUAAUAUGGCGACCUCAAAUAUUCAGCGAGAUCAAAUCACAAGCUCUCUACACAUUGAAGUUUUUAUAUUCGCAAGUGAAUGAAACGCUAAUGAUAAUUAAAGAAGCGCCAAUGGAAUCUCACCUGGCGUUGCGAGCCAUUUGGAUCGACGCUAAACCGCGCAUCAGAGAUUUCUUGGACGAUCUGAACGACUUACACGUAAUCAAGGACGAUUUAGAUGAAUUCGAACGCUUCCUAAACGAGUCGUACAACAACAAUGACUUCUAUGUGAAGGAUGUUGUUGAGUUCACGUACUAUGUGCUAGACGAAAUGGCAAUAAGAAACCAUUUAGAGAGCUUGCCCGGCUUCGUGAACGACAUGUGGGGAAUGAUGGGCAACACAAGCCAGUCUAUCAAGCAAAGCCUGACGUACAUCGUUGAUACUAUCAAAAUGGCGUAUUCGAACUUUUUAGAAUCCGUCAAUAAGGUGCUAGAGGCAGAUUUUAUGGAAUUGGUCUCGGAAAGACUUGAAGCAAUGAUUUUGCAGUACGACAACUUUGUUAGAGAUCUGCACAUGAAACUUCUGGAGUAUUGGGAGGAAACCUGGGUGAAUGCGACAACGAGAUUAUCAAUUUAUUGGCAUGAGUUAUUAAAAUCGAUCGAGCCGUUGUUCUUUAAAAUAUUACAUUACACGGAAUCCUUUGUAUUCACGGUAUGGAAGGGCGUUAUGGAUUUCUUCUACAACAGAACUCAGGAGUUGACUGAUUCGCCAUAUUUCAAUUACGUAUCGACUUUCGGACACGAGAUGGAUAAGAUAUACAAAGACUUAGUGAACAACGAUCUCAUAACCAACAUUAAGAAGUACAGUAAAAAGCUUUGGAACGUGGUGUGGAGCAAGAUAGAGAAGUACAUACCGUUUAAAGACGAGUUUAAGCAGCUGUUCGCCGAGUUCAGGAAUGCCUGGGAAAACUUCUUGAAGACGCCUCAAGUCGUUUACGUUAUCGAAAAGUACAAUGAAGCGUACGUACGACUGAAGUGGUGGUAUGACUACUUCUUGAUAGGCGAGGCCUUGGAAAAAGUAUGGGAGAUAUUGUAUGCAAAGCUCACCGACAUGGCUAAAACGGCGCUCCAAUAUGAAGAGUUACACCGUACACCGAAAACUAACUUCAUAUUCGACCCUCACGUAGGCGAAAUCCGUCUAGAGCAGAAGCUGCCGAUGUCCUGGCACGCGUUCAACCGCACGCCGGACUUCUCCGAGAUCGCGGAGUACCGAGCUGUGAGGGACUUUAUGGACGACUGGCUCACUUCCAACAGGAGCAUCUGGUCUUACUAUUACGAGAUACGACCCUAUUUGGACCUUGAUAAUAUCGUGCCACCCUUCACCGGGCUGGCAAUGAUGACAGCGCAAGGAACUCUCGUGACGUUUGAUAAGCGAGUGUUCACUAUAUGUGAAGGCGGCACCUUCCUGCUCACGAAGGACUACCGCAAUAACAACUUCACAGUGCUCAUGGAGAGCAAUGAACAGGGCCUGUACGAUCUGGUCGUGCUGGCCAAGAAGAACUUGAUAUACGUCGACUUGUACAAGGAGCAAGUGUCGCUGGGCCGCGAUAGUCCUCUGACCUUGCCAGCUAUAGUUGAGGAAUGGCUAGUGGACCGACAAGGAGACUUGCUGAUGAUAGAGGGCCGCAGUGGACUGGACAUUCAAUGCAAUCUCUUGUUCCGCACUUGCAAGCUGCAAGUUUCCGGUUGGCACUACGCCUCUUUGGGCGGCUUACUGGGCACGUACAACAACGAGCAGUACGAUGAACAACAGCUUCCGAACGGAACGUUGAACGCUGACGUGUCUACUCUUGCUUACGGAUGGAGCCUACGGACGGGUGUCCCACCUGCGUACACCCGGCAACUCAGCAACGACACACAAUGCGAUAAAUUCUUCAACAACAAGGUGUCCCCGCUGCAUCCCUGCUUCACAGUUAUCGACGCGCAGCCGUUCCACGACGAGUGCGUGCGCGGCAUCGAGGCGUGCGCGCUGGCCGCCGCCUACCUGGAGCUGUGCGCGCAGCAGCACGUGCCCACGCACAUACCCGACCACUGCGUGCAAUGCACGACAGCACAAGGCGACGUGGUUGAAGAAGGCUCUUUCGUUCAGUUAGAGAACCCGCCCAAUUCGACUGACGUGGUGUUCGUUAUAGAAGCCGAGCAGUGCAACAAGAACAUACGUAAAGCGAAGAACAUAGAUCUGUUCAUAGAGGCGUUCGACAGCAAACUACAGGGAAGUGGCUUCUCUGAUAAUAGGUACGCGGUGGUGGCGUACGGCGGGCGCGGCGAGCUGCGGCGGCCGCGCGCGCUGUACGUGCGCAACUGCCUGUUCGCCGACGCCGUGGCCGUGCCCGCGCACUUCGACGCCUUCCACGUCGAGAAAGGCGAUGGUGCGGGUGGGGGCGGCGCGGAGGCGGACGUGUUCGCGGCGCUGCGGUUCGCGAGCGCGCUGCCGCUGCGCGCCGCCGCGCCGCGCGCGCUGCUGCUGCUGCCGUGCGCGCGCUGCCGCGCCGCCGCCAUGCACCUGGACUACUCGACAAUUUACCACAACCUGAUGGAGAACUCUAUCACUCUGCACAUUCUCAUGAACGACGAAUUUACGCUCUCGAAGAAACGAGUAGCUAAAUAUCUAUUUGGUGUGGAUAGCACAUUGGCGUAUACCAACAAGGAUUAUGAAAGGCUCGUGGGAGACUUUGGGCUGCGGAAACAAGUGAAAUUACCGAAAGACAAAUUAGGAGUGUGUACGUCCCUCGCUAUGGAGACCAAUGGCAGCGUGUGGGCGGGCGCCAAGUUGUCCGGCGAGCGCGGCGCGGCACGGAGGUUCGCGACAGUUGUGGGCGCUCGAGCUGCGCGCUCCGCCCGCGCCUGCGCGCCCGCGCGCUGCGAGUGCCGCGCCGCGCGCCUGCACUGCCGGCCCUGCCGCGACACCGACCCGUUGGAGCUAUCUUUCUGGAACUCUGACGACAUCGACGAGUUGAUUGACCUUGCGAUGGAUCCUCCAAAUCUACCUUCGUUUAGAUGAUCCUUAACAAAUAUGAAUACAAUACUCAUUGUAUAGCAUGCUUUGUAAAUAUUUAGUUUGAAAUUUAGUAAUUUGAUCAUUUAGUAAUAAAGUAUUUUUACAUAUAAUU